UCACUGCGCCGACGCCGUAACCCCGGUAACACCGCCAACGCUCUGCUCCCUUUCAUUUCGCUCUCUCGCGCUAACAACGAUAACGGCCAGCAGCGUUGCCGCGAUUAUCAGCGAGUGGAACACGAACGCCGGCGGCCUUGCGCUCACCGUCAUGUUUCCCUGCGCCUACUUCGUGGCGAGCCAGGUGAAGCGAUGCCUAGAAAAGAACAUUCCGGAGUUGGUGCGAGUUCUGGAAGAAGGAUUCCGUAGUCUCGCCUUGGGUCCCGAAGGUGGCAUCCUGCAGCCGCAGAGGCACAUCGUGCCUGUCAAGGGCCACAAUGGGGAGCUGCUGUCUAUGCCAGCUUACAUCGCGUCCGGCGAAGCACUGGCCACCAAGGUGAUCACUAGCUACCCGAACAACAGGUCGCCCCUGCCAAGCAUCCAAGGCGUUGUGCUCCUCUUCCAUGCCGGCACCGGAGCCCUCAAAGGCAUGAUGGACGCAAUAGAAAUCACCGCCUACCGCACAGCUGCGGCGUCAGCCGUAGCUACUAAGUACCUCGCCGCCGAGAACCCGAAGAUCCUCGCAGUAUUGGGCGCAGGGACGCAAGCGAAGAGCCACGUUCUCGUCAUGACCACCAUGUUUCGUUUUGAACAGGUGCGGAUCUGGAACCACCGCGAGUCGUCGGCAACGUCUCUCGUGCAAGAGCUCGCCGCCCACGGCAUUUCUGCGCGCUACGAAGCCUCUGCCGAGGAUGCCGUGCGCGACGCCGACGUAGUCGUCACCGCCACCUCGUCUCCAAAGCCGGUCCUGCAGGCCGGCUGGCUCAAGAAGGGCGCCCACGUCAACGCGGUGGGCGCUCCGCGUCCCGACUGGCAGGAGCUCAGCGAGGAGCUGAUGCGCCAGGCGGUCGUCUACGUGGACAGCACCGAAGGCGCACGCACUGAAUCCGGUGACGUCAUCAUAUCCGGAGCUGAUAUCUUCGCCCAGAUUGGAGAGGUCGUGCUGGGUACAAAGGAGAACCGGCGCUCCGACACGACAGUCUUCAAAUCGCUGGGCAUGGCGAUGGAGGAUGUUCUGGCAGCUGACCUUGUCUACCGUCACUUAACGAAUGAUAAGAUCUGAAUAAAAAAAGGGGGGGGAGAAAGGGAGCAACAAAAGGAAGCUGGCUGUAUACGUACCGUACAGAACGGUCUGAUCAGCUUAAUAAGGCGCACCUGUUGCAUACGAAAUAAAGUAACGCAGUACUGCAA